UAAUAACGCACUUGCCUAACCCCCUCUUUCUUCUCCUCCUCCUCUUCUGCUCUGUGUCUGUACCUUUUGCGUUACUAAACUUGCUGAAUCUGGAGAUUCGAUCAUCAGAAAGAAAGUCUUUUUCUCUCUAUAUAUCUAUACAUAUAUAUAUAUAUAUAUGGAUUCGGAUGAAGAAGGAGAGGAGUACCUUUUCAAGGUGGUGAUAAUCGGAGAUUCAGCAGUGGGAAAGUCGAAUCUGUUGUCACGGUACGCUCGGAACGAGUUCAACAUGCACUCCAAGGCCACGAUCGGAGUUGAAUUUCAGACGCAGAGCAUGGACAUCGACGGCAAGGAGGUCAAGGCCCAGAUUUGGGACACCGCCGGACAAGAACGCUUCCGCGCCGUCACCUCCGCCUACUACCGCGGCGCCGUCGGUGCGCUCAUUGUCUACGACAUCAGCCGUCGCACCACCUUCGAUAGCGUCUCCCGCUGGCUUGAUGAGCUCAACACUCAUUCCGACACAACCGUGGCACGGAUGUUGGUGGGGAACAAAUGUGAUUUGGAGAACAUCAGGGAUGUGAGUAUAGAAGAAGGCAAGAACCUUGCAGAAGCAGAAGGAUUGUUCUUUAUGGAGACAUCUGCCCUGGAUUCUACAAAUGUUAAAAAGGCUUUCGAGAUCGUUAUUCAGGAGAUCUAUAACAACGUGAGCCGGAAAGUCUUGAAUUCCGAUUCAUACAAAGCUGAAUUGUCUGUCAAUAGGGUAAGCCUAGUGAACAAUGGGGCUGACAAGUCGAAGCAAAGUUGGAGCAGUUAUUCAUGUUGUUCAAGGUGAGUGUUUUUCUACUAAUUUUACAAGUGGUUGCUAUGGUCUUUUACUCGCCAAAUAAGAUUAUUCGAGUCUUUUUAGUUAGAGAUCAAAUUUUUUGUGUUGUGUAAUAAACUUAUGUAUAAUAAACUGAUAUAGUGAAAGCUUGUGAAUGCCCAUUAUUUAGUGAAAUCACCCUUUUUGGUGUUCCUUGUCUA